AUGGCCUCAUCAUCUUCGAUUGCUCUGAAAGACAUGGUCCCUGCAGCGGAGAAUAACAUAAACACAAGAUUUAUAUUGCUGGAGAAACGCAACACUUCAACAAGAACCAUGGAAAGUCAAGGUAAGCAAAACAGAGCAUGCUUGGAACUAGUGGCCGAUGAGACAACAGUGGUCCACUUCCAGCUGUGGGGAGAAGAGUGUGACGCCUUUGAGGUGGGGGACAGCAUCCGCUUGACCAAAGGCAUCUUCUCAUAUGAUCGGAGCAAGCAAGUGGUGCUGAGAGCUGGGAAGAGGGGGAAGGCCGAGAAGGUAGGAGAGUUCACUUUGGCAUUCGUGGAGACUCCCAACAUGAGUGAAAUACGUUGGGGUCCUGACCCCAAUAACCCCAAGCGUUGA